CUUGUUCGGCACACCACGCUCGUGCGCGACGCCUUCUUUGUUGAGAUCUUCAUCUUCUCAUCUCCCUCCCACCUCAUCCAAACGCUUCCCAGUCGUCUCGCAGUCUCACCACGCACCCUUCCCCCACCUCCGACGAAAGAUUGAGGCGCCUCACCUCAUCUUCAAUGGCCGGCGCCUAGAUACAGCCCCACCAAGCAAGCGUCCCUGCGCACCUUGCUCCUGCCGUCGUGCUGUGCCGUGCAUCCAUCGACGGUCAGUUGCUAUUUCUGCUUGCUCUCCAUACGUACGAAAUUUUAGUCACAUUCAAACCAGCAGUGGCUUCGGUUCUUGCAUUGGAUCAAGGCAGUGCUAAGAUGGCUCGGGCGAACCAGAGAUCCUGCACGCGUUGCCACAGGGACCUCCCGACCUGCUCCUGCGGCGGCGUCGGGCCCGCCCGUCGAUCCGCCCGGCUCUGCCGCGGCCGCGACCCGGGCGGCGCCGACCGCAUCAGCGCCCUGCCCGACGACCUGCUGCUCCAGAUCCUCAACCGCCUCGGCUGCGCCGCCGCCGCCGCCCGGACGGGCCUGCUGUCGCGCCGGUGGCGGGGCCUCUGGACCCGCCUCCCCGACCUCGUCCUCCGCGAGAUGAACCCCGGCUCGCUCCACGCCGCGCUCGCGCGGCUCGUCGCCGCGUUCGAGCUCGAGCCCCGCGCCCGGCCGCGGCUCCUCAACAUCCGGGCCCCCAGCUACCGCAUGUUCUCGCCCGCCCAGAUCGCCUCGCUGCUCAACGCCGCCGCGAUGCUGCAGCCGGAGAAUCUCACUAUCGCCGUCGCCGCUGCCGUCCUGGUGAUGCUACCCUCCCUCGACGGCACCAGGUCGAUGACGCUGGACGUGCAGGGCGUCAGUCUGAUCACCCCCCAAUUCGGGGACAUGCCCGACCUCGAGAGCCUGUCGCUUCAUCGCUACGACGCCGUCCCAUUCAGCCUGCUCCGCCGCUGCUCCGCGCUGCGUAGCCUCUCGAUCUCCUACUGGCGCCUUGACUCCAUCACGAUCGACCUGCCCUUGCUCGAGGAGCUAGUUCUGUCGGCCACGGCGCAGCUCCGGCGAGUCGUCAUCAAAGCCCCUAGGCUUAAGAAGCUGACGUUUGGGGCCAUAGAGGGUGUCCUGGAUGAUUUCUCCCUGUGCUACAUGGCAUCAGAGGUGGAGCAUCUCUCGUGGCAAUGCGCUAGCGGCGCGUCACAUGUUCACUUUGGUGAUAUUUGGUCCCUGAUGACCGUGACUAUGAAGACAUCGGAGCCUCAAGGUCAGCUGCAGCGCUGCCCUACCUCCAACACCCUGUCGCUCAACAUAUUUGAAUGGCAGUUUGAUCAGGAAGAAGGUGCAGCCCUGAGCUUUGACUUUGAGCAUUACAUAUCAUCCUGCUGUCCUAUUGCCAACAUUUCUGCUUUAGAGCUGUGCAUCAACUCCAGCGGUCAUGUCUACGGAGUACUGGUCCUGCACCUGCUGGAGGUUUAUACCUUGAUAAAGAGGCUCAAGGUGGACCUGUGUAAGUUUCAGGAGAGAAGAGAAUGUAGUGCGAACUGCCCCUGUAUUCAGUUGAAUAACUGGAGCAAUCAGACUGUCUCCUUGACUCAUCUGAAAGAAAUGGAAAUUAAAGGCGUUAGAGGGGAGGAUCAUGAAAUUGAUAUAUUAAAAGUCAUAUUAAGAAGUGCAGCGAGGCUUGAAAGAGUGACCAUCACAUUCAAGACGAAGUCGAAACAGCACAUUCGCCACUUUUCCAAUAAACUACAAAGAAUCUUGAAGGCACAUCCCUAUGUGAAGUGCGGAAUUUAUCGCUGUUCUGGUGAGGAGGUGGUGUUUGCAUGACUAGCUUACUUGUAGGUGUGAAAAGGUUCCACUGCAGUUAAUUUUGAUGGAGCCAAAACAGCCUGAAGCUAUUUAAGUGGUUGGAGUUUAACCAGCAUCCAGCAUCCAUUUCCUAAAUUCCAAGUGUCUCAAGGGGCGUCCCAGAGGCCACUUCUGUAUCAAGGGCGGCAGAGAUGCUGCUGUUACCGUGCAUUUGGGAUGAACUUAUCUACUGAAAAAGAUUAAUUUACUCUCUUUAACAAUGUACUAUCCCUGGAGGGGCGUCCCAGAGGCCACUUCUAUAUCAAGGGCGGCAGAGAUGCUGCUGUUACCGUGCAUUUGGGAUGAACUUAUCUACUGAAAAAGAUUAAUUUACUCUCUUUAGCAAUGUACUAUCCCUGGAGCAUUAUUUUGGGGGAAACAUGUACCGUAAUAUCCUCGGCAAUAUACUAGCCUGCUGGAUCAUGCUCUUAUUAGUAGAUACUGUGGACUUAUCUGACAAAUAUGUAUAUCUUCAUUUUAGUGCUAUGGGCUGAAAACUCUAGGUAUAUCAUUC